UGAGGGUGGCCUAUAGUUUGACUUCAAUUCUCAACUCUCAAACCUUCACGUACGAAGUUUCUGAUUCCAAAGAUCCAGAUUUCACAAACAAAUUAUAUAACCCAAAAAAAAAAAAAAAAAAAAAUUGAUCCUUUUGAGUAGCUUUUCCUUCCAUCACUUUCUGUUGUAUUAUGGAGUGAAGAUCCGACAUCUGAGUACUCACCACCUAUCAUUCCACUGCUUCUUCUGUUUGGAUUCCCAGAAAAAGAAAAAGAAAAAGAAAAAAUGGCUCCAAACACAGUUGUGAUUACAGUUGAGAAGCCUGUGAGCUCAUCAACUCUUUUUCUGGAGAAACAAAAGGCGGUGAGUCCCAAACGACUCACGUGGGUUCUUCUCCUCAAAAUCCAGAGAACUCUGGCUUGCGUUUCAUGGCUGACAAUGGCUCUCAAGACCAUGUUUGUCUCGGCCAAGAAGCGCAUUGCCUUGAAGGAUAUAAGCGAUGAAGAGACGAAAAGCAAAGGCAGGCUCUACAGAUUCAUCAAGGCCUUUCUUGUUCUGUCAAUAGUGGCUUUGGUUGUGGAAGUGAUUGCCCAUUUCAAGAAGUGGAAUCUGAAUCUGAUCCAGCCAUGGGAAGUCCAAGGCCUUGUUCAGUGGUCUUAUAUGGCUUGGAUUUCUUUCAGGGUUGAUUAUGUUGCUCCUUUGGUGAUCAUGUUAUCCAAAUUCUGCACUGUCUUGUUCUUGAUCCAGUCGCUCGACCGGUUAGUCCUUUGUGUUGGAUGUUUCUGGAUCAAAUACAAGAAGUUGAAGCCAACAGCAGAGCCAGAAGGCUAUGACAUUGAAGACCCUUCAAGCUUCCCAAAAGUCCUUGUUCAAAUUCCCAUGUGCAAUGAGAGAGAGGUGUAUGCACAAUCAAUAGCAGCAGCUUGUCAGCUGGAUUGGCCAAGAGACAGGAUUCUAAUCCAAGUUUUGGACGAUUCAAGUGAUAGAAGUGUGCAGCUUUUGAUAAAGGAAGAAGUGUCUUCAUGGAGUCAGAAAGGGGUUAAUAUUGUGUACAGACAUAGAUUGAUCAGAACUGGGUAUAAAGCUGGCAACCUUAAGUCAGCCAUGGCCUGUGAUUAUGUCAAGGACUAUGAGUUUGUCACCAUAUUUGAUGCAGAUUUCCAGCCUAACUCUGAUUUCCUUAAACAGACUAUUCCUCACUUCAAGGGGAAACCUGAUGUGGGACUAGUCCAGGCACGGUGGUCGUUUGUGAACAAGGAUGAGAACUUGCUGACAAGGCUUCAGAACAUCAACCUUUGCUUCCACUUUGAAGUGGAACAGCAAGUGAAUGGUGUUUUCCUCAACUUCUUUGGGUUCAAUGGAACUGCAGGAGUUUGGAGGAUCAAGGCCUUGGAGGAAUCAGGAGGUUGGCUUGAGAGGACAACGGUUGAGGACAUGGACAUCGCGGUUCGAGCUCAUUUAAAUGGAUGGAAGUUUGUCUUUCUUAAUGAUGUCAAAGUUCUCUGUGAAUUGCCAGAGUCUUAUGAAGCUUACAAGAAGCAGCAACAUAGAUGGCACUCUGGCCCAAUGCAGCUCUUCAGAUUAUGCCUUCCUUCUAUCAUAACUUCCAAGACAUCAGUGUGGAAGAAGGCUAACUUGAUAUUUCUCUUCUUUCUUCUGAGGAAGUUAAUACUGCCCUUUUACUCAUUCACAUUGUUUUGUAUUAUACUUCCAUUGACCAUGUUCAUUCCUGAGGCUGAACUGCCUCUUUGGGUGAUUUGCUAUGUGCCCAUAUGUAUGUCCCUUUUGAACAUUCUCCCAGCACCAAAAUCCUUCCCUUUCCUGGUCCCAUACCUCUUGUUUGAGAACACAAUGUCAGUCACAAAAUUCAAUGCCAUGGUCUCCGGGCUAUUUCAGCUCGGAAGUGCUUACGAGUGGGUGGUGACAAAGAAGACGGGAAGAUCAUCUGAGUCGGAUUUAUUAGCCCUCGUGGAGAGGGAAUCGAAGUCCUCCAACGAAGAGAAGAUCUUGAGGAGGUAUUCCGAAUCGGGUUUAGAACUGCUAAGUAAACUAAAAGAGCAAGAAAUAGUAGUACAAGUGGCUUCUAAGAAAAAGGCCAAUAAGCUCUAUAAGAAGGAGCUUGCACUUGCUUUUCUUUUACUCACUGCCUCAGCCAGGAGCCUUUUAUCUGCUCAUGGACUCCACUUCUAUUUCUUGCUUUUCCAGGGAUUGUCGUUUCUUGUUAUGGGGUUGGACUUAAUAGGAGAGCAGAUUAGCUGAAAUCAAUGAGUGAGAAUUUGUUUACUUGUAAUUUUUUUUUUUUUUUUUGAGUUUCUGACAGCUAUAUAUGUUGAACUUACAAACAGAUUUUCCAGCUCUUUGCUGCCUAAUGAGCUUGGGCUGGAACUAGAUUUUAUCACAGGUUGAGUUAUUUACUACUUGAAUGUGUAAGGAAAUCAUAAGAGAUGCGAACUAAGUUGAAUAUUGUACAAUUUCAUAUGUGAUCAGUAUAUUCAUAAUAAUGACUAUCGCAGUAUA